GAUACUUAGGCUAUUUAUCCAGAUAUAAAUCAUUCAGCGUCCACCUGUCCUGUCAACACUUUACACACACACACGGUGGACUGGCGAGACAACACUACUCAAAAGGGGAGACAGGAUGACCAGUCUAGAGGAGGUUCCCUUUAAGAGCCCUCUGGGGCCACUACAGGAGCUGGGGCCCCUGGGAGGAGAGAUAGAGCUGGUUACGGCCCCAGAGUUCACCAUACCAGACCACCUCCAGAUACUACAAGACACUGAGUAUGAGUUCACCUUAGAGAACUGGGUGAUGUCUGCGCUCCAUGGAGGAUGCUACCGACCCUGGGAUGCCCCGCCCCCAUCCUGUCCUCCGUACUGGCUCAUGUUCUCCAGUCCCCAGGAGAGUCGCUCGGCCAGCAGGUGGAACAGUGAUCUGCGGGGCUCUGUCCUCCGACCAAGGAGCCACAGCCUAAGCUCUGUGGACACACGUCACCUUAACCACCACCCUCAACCCCACCCCCACCACCGUUGCCAGCAUAGCCACCGAAAAAUAAAGUUAAUGGUCUCCGACUCGGAAGACGAAGCUGGCUACUCAGAAGACGACGAGGGCUCCUCCACUGAAGAUAACGCCUCAGACUCAAAGAUACAACGUGGAGCCUAUCACGGUGGUGAACGGCCUCGGUCGCAAAGCUCUGCACCAAAACACCCAUUAUCCAGAGUUAAAGACCACCAUCUUGGAUCUUCAGGCUCUUCCUUGGCUCAUCACCACUCUAACCAGCCUUCCACUGGUGGUGAACGGCCACGGUCGCAAAGCUCUGCACCAAAACACCCAUUAUCCAGAGUCAAAGACCACCAUCUUGGAUCUUCAGGCUCUUCCUUGGCUCAUCACCACUCUAACCAGCCUUCCACUGGAGGUCGAGGCUACCAGGGUCGCAACAGGAGGGCCAACUCUUCCUCCGUCCUGGACUGCAGGAGGCAAGGGUCAUUCACCGGGCUCAAACAGGAGCAGGGGCGUACCAUCAGCCCACUUUGCCAUGGUCAGGCCAGCAGUCCCCAGUGCCAUGGUCAGGCCAGCAGUCCCCAGUGCCAUAGCGAUCAGAGGCCCUGCAGGAAGGAUUUCAGAAGCCAGCAGCAGGUGUCAUCGUCCUCUGGCCUGGAAGAGUCUUUUGUGCGGGCCGGUAGCCCUCAGUGCCAUGGUCAGGCCAGCAGUCCCCAGUGCCAUGGUCAGGCUAGCAGUCCCCAGUGCCAUGGUCAGGCUAGCAGUCCCCAGUGCCAUGGUCAGGCUAGCAGUCCCCAGUGCCAUGGCGAUCAGAAGCACUAUAGCAGAAAGAAGCAGCGUUCUUUGUGGUCAACGGGAAGAAAAAACUCUGUGACCCCACAACGACCCUCUUCAGCUGGCCCUGAAAUCAAGAACAACAGGCAGACUACUCUGCGUCCGCGUAGCUCACACGGCAUUGGCUGUGACUCAUCUGCAGAGUUACUGACGGCCCUAAGUCAGGAAGAGAGAGAGCUACUGGAGGCCAUCACUGAGCAGGGCUACCCUCUACACACUGCCAUCCUGGCUUUGCAGAAGACUGGCCACCGCAACCCACAACAGAUCCUGAGUUACCUGGUUGCCAGUGACCGUCUGUGUGCGCUGGGCUACGAAGAGGCUCAGGUGGAGGAGGCCAUGGAGAUGUUCCAGAACUGUGAGAGCAAGGCUGGUGAAUUCCUGCAGCUCCUGGCUCAGUUCAAUGAGAUGGGCUUCCAGCAGAGUGCCAUCAAAGAGGUUCUACUGGUCCACGAGAACCACAGGGAGAGGGCCCUGGAGGAUCUCAUGACACAGCACAACUAAUGGCUGUUCUACUGGUCCACGAGAACCACAGGGAGAGGGCCCUGGAGGAUCUAAUGACACAGCACAACUAAUGGCUGUUCUACUGGUCCACGAGAACCACAGGGAGAGGGCCCUGGAGGAUCUAAUGACACAGCACAACUAAUGGCUGUUCUACUGGUCCACGAGAACCACAGGGAGAGGGCCCUGGAGGAUCUAAUGACACAGCACAACUAAUGGCUGUUCUACUGGUCCACGAGAAC